CAGUAGAAGUUGAUCUUCGUGUUCAAUAAGCAGUUGGAGUUGAUAGCACCAAGUAAACAACAAAAGAUAGAAGUGAAAGCAUGAAACUACAGGUUCGCUGACCUCUGACCUGAAACACAGAGCUUAAACGCCUCAUCUGCUGCUGACACUCAUCACCAGUAUUAUUAGUCGACGUGUUUUUGGUCUCGGUAUUUUUCAUGUUAGGAUCAUGUUUGCUUUCUGGACUGUCUCUGCUGUGCUCCUUCUUUCCUUCACGCAGGACAGAGGCAGUGCUCGUCUGAUCUACGCAAAAGUUGGUGACUUUGUUGUCCUGCAUCCAGGUCAGACCUUUGAUUCCAUAUUGGCCGUAACCUGGAAGCACAACAUGAACAACAUCAUGGAGUGGUCUGGAGCUGGUACAACUUGUUUAAGAGGUUUUAUUGGCCGCUGUGGUUUUGACAAAUCAACUGGAAGUUUGAUCAUCAACCAUCUGACAGUAGAGGACACUGGCAACUACAACGCUGAGAUUGACGGCAAGAUUCUUGAUCAGAUAGAGCUCUGGGUUAUCAUACCGGUCCCAAAACCCACAGUGUCCAUAGAAUGCAACAAGGAUAAGAGCCACUGUAACCUCACCUGUAAAGCCAACAUCACUUCUCAUUUUGGACCCGUCAUGUAUAGAUGGGAAGCAGGAGGCAAGCUGCUGUCCAAUAAAAUGAAGCUGAUGUUAACAAAGAAUAACAUGGAGUACUCCUAUGUCUGCACGUUGCUAAACCCCUUUAGCAACUCGUCCAGUGAUAAGGUGACUUACCCCGUUAGCCCUAAAGGUGAGCUGCAAAUAUUUCUAUCUGUGUCCUUUUUAAAAGGUCUGGUUGUAAUCAGUUGUGGAUAUUAAAA